CAGGCCCGCCCACUGACUCGGCAGAGCUGGGUCGACCCUAUUCUACCCAGGUUGCAAUGGCAGCGACGCUGAUCCUGGAGCCCGCCGGCCGCAGCUGCUGGGACGAGCCGGUGCGCAUCGCCGUGCGCGGCCUGGCGCCGGAGCAGCCCGUCACGCUGCGCGCGUCCCUGCGCGACGAGAAUGGCGCGCUCUUCCGGGCCCACGCGCGCUACCGCGCCGACGCCCGCGGGGAGCUGGACCUGGAGCGCGCGCCCUCGUUGGGCGGCAGCUUCGCGGGGUGCGAGCCCAUGGGGCUGCUCUGGGCGUUAAAGCCCGAGAAAGCCUUGGGGAGGCUGGUGAAGCGCGACGUGCGGACGCCCGUCCCCGUGGAGCUGGAGGUGCUGGACGGCCACGACCCCGAGCCUGGGCAGCUGCUGUGCCACGCGCGGCACGAGCGCCACUUCCUCCAGCCCGGCGUGCAGCGCGAGCUGGUGCGUGCGGGCCGGGUACGCGCCGCGCUCUUCCUGCCGCCAGGCAAGGGGACCUUUCCCGGGAUCAUUGAUCUAUUUGGGAGUGGCGGUGGCCUUUGUGAAUACAGGGCCAGCCUCCUGGCCGGACACGGUUUUGCUGUGCUUGCUCUGGCUUAUUUCAGAUUUGAAGACCUCCCCGAACAUCUGAAUGAUAUACACCUGGAGUACUUUGAAGAAGCCGUGGACUUUAUGCUGCAGCAUCCAAAGGUGGGUUCUGGUGAUCACCUGAGUGUAGAAGAGAGCAGGUAGAGCUGAUGGACAGCUGAACACUGGGAACUAGAAACAUACCAGGAGAUACCAAGUCUCCUUCAAAAGUUUUAGGAUGGAAGCUGGGCAUGGUGAUGCACAUCUGUAGUCCCAGCU